AUGGAUAUUAUGAAUCGUGUGGUCAUCAAGACUGGAUUUAUCAACCAAUAUCCAAUAAUAGAACCAAAAGUUUCUGGUGUUCAUGCACCAAUUAUUUCAUCCUUAAAUGAUAGAAUUCGACCCCUUCUCGACUGUGUGGACAAGCUUAGGCACCUCAACAUCAUGCAAGAAGGUAUCCAGCUGCCUACUAUUAUGGUUGUCGGCGAUCAGUCUUUUGGGAAGUCAAUUGUGAUUGAAUCACUUUCCGGAAUUAGCCUUCCUAGAGGGAAUGGCAUUUGCACUAGAGUGCCUCUCAUCAUGAGGGUCCAAAAUCACAAUGACCAAAGUUUAAUUACUUUAGCGUAUACUGGAAAAUCAGUUCCAACCAAUGAAUUUCACGUAGCAGAGGCCAUUAUUCUUGCAACUAAUGAGAUUGCUGGACAUGGUAAGGGAAUAUCCAACAUCCCUUUAACACUCAUAGUGAAAAAGAAUGGUGUUCCUGACUUGACUAUGGUGGAUUUGCCUGGAAUACCUACGGUCCCGGUUCAUGGAAACUCCAAAGAUAAUUUUGAACAAAUUUCAGAAAUUGUUAUGAAAUAUUUAACACCAGAGGAAAGCAUAAUUGUGAAUGUUUUAUCAGCCACUGUUGAUUUCUCUACUUGUGAAUGCUUUAAGAUGACCACUUUAUUCUCUCCGUCCAAAUUUUUGUGA